CUGCGUUGCCAUGGAGACGGCCGGGGCAGCACGGGGGAAGAAGCAAGCUGCGGGACGGGGCCUGGACCCACCCAAGGUGAACUAACAUCCUGAAAGAAAAGAGCCAACUGUCCUCAGGAGACAUUCUCAUAAAACUGAAGAACAGCCCCAGGCCUAGCUGUCACAGACUUCUCUAAUCAGACAUUGAUGUGACAAUAGCCAUAUUCGUGGGUAACUGACCAAACAGUGUCAGAGAAACUGCUUCAAAUCACGUGGUAAAAUGCACUUUAAUCAAGUUUAGAUCCGUCUUUGAAAAGCAGAUGGUAUAAAAUGAGUUUCAACCUUACCAAAAAACACAGACCAACUGGAACAGAGUUGGCAUUUUUUCCUCAAUCCAUAUUUACCAACGGAUGGCCAUGGACUCCAUUUUUAAAUGGUAUAUGUGCUGCAAAUAAAGACGGGCUACAGCCCCGCAUUUGAUCUGAUGUGUUUCUCAGGUCAUGAUUUUAAAAAAGAUGUAGAACUGUCUGUUCCUCCAGAAAGCAAAACCCAAAGUUCUGCCCAACAGCUUUCCCUCAGUCCCUUCUCUUGGGGCAGGAUGCCGAUAAAUAUACGCAAUUUGUGAAUUGAACCCGUUCUUUGCUUUAAGAGAAGGCUAGAGAAGACCCGACAGUUCUGAAGUGUGGAUUACGGUGCAAUUAAACAGCGGCGUUUGUGACUAGCGGUUUGCUGCGAUAACUGAAGCUUGGAAGAACUUUGGAGAGGCCACUGGGCUCAAUUAUUACAAGGGAUAAUGAAUGGGCGAGUCCCUCUAGCCGAGAAAGCUUUGUCCGAGGGCUAUGCCCGCCUCCGUUACAGGGACACUUCCUUGCUUAUCUGGCAACAACAACAACAGAAGUUGGAAUCCAUCCCUCCUGGAACUUAUCUAAGCAGGAGUCGAAGCAUGUGGUACUCCCAGUAUGGAAAUGAGGCCAUAUUAGUUCGGGACAAAAACAAACUUGAAGUCUCUCGGGAUACGGGACAGUCAAAAUUUUGCACUAUUAUGUAAUUCUCCUUCUGUGUACGAAUAAAUGUGAAUUUACGUCCCAGGAGCAGGGAGAAGGAAAAAUUAUCUCAAAUUUCAUAGUCAUUUAUUUCUCAUUAUUAAUGAGGUGACUUUGAAUAAGAACAUGACCAUCAUCUGGUUCCAAAGGUGGAAGAAGAGUUGAAGAGUAAAUCCCGGAAUGCACUUUUAUCCCUUUAGCACCAGCUGGAAUUCUCUAGAAAUAAUACGGUGAGCAUGUUGGAACUAAAAAAUGUUAACUGUCCUUUUUAAUGCACAAUUAAGAGGUGCACAUGUACAAGAAUCCUGCUGCAUUGUAGUACAGAAGCGUAGCAGCAACUUUUGAGUCUUGGGACAGUCUCUGAGAUGAGCUUCUGAACAGCUCAAGCAAGGGAGUCCUGUACAACAAAAAUUCCUGCAUUUAUGUACAAAUAUCCCAAAGCAAGUGAAAAGCGAAGGAAACAGAAACAGAGCAAUUCAGCACAAUUUAUCUGUUCUUACCUAUGCAUGGCUGUAACAGAAGAAUAAAGUUUUAUCAGUGUUUGUAGUUGAAAACCUUAACUAACUUGAUCUGUCAUGACCUUGGUUGUACUCAGUAUUCCUAGUUGGUGGUUGACAAAAGAUUGCUUGCAUUAUAUUGAACAAAAAUGAUGAGCACUUGUUUCAUACUGUGGUACUGGCUACUCUACUUUCCCCCCGCCCCGGGCUUGUUUACAAGGAUAUUCACUGUAACAAUACGGCCAUCCAUUGCAAUUAAUUUUCAAACAGCAUUUCAGUAUUUGCCAUACGGCAUAUCAAAACAAUAGAAUAUAAUCCAUCAUUUGAAAAGCUAAAAAAAAACACAGGCUUUCAACUAGUUCCAGCACAAGUGUUUCAACAAAUCGCCUUGCCUGUGAUGUACAUUUCCUCAUCAUUACAGUGUUUUAUGUGUUUUUGGUGGUUACUGCUGAUGUUCAGAUAGGGGUGGCCUAAAUUGGCAGUUUCCACAAUCAGUCAUUUUAAAUGGAUUUGCUGUCUGCUGUAAUUAAAAUCUGCUUGCUUAUGUAAAUGUUGAAAUGUCUUUUGCAGCUGAUUUUUCAUUUCACAAUAAACUCCCCUUCAGACUC